AUGGCCACCACCAGUCAUGACUUCAGAUUCCACCUUUGCUUCAUGCUGGCGCUCUUUGGCAAAUUUGCACAUUCCAGACAACUCUCCCUUUCCAAAUGUCCCAAGCUUCACAUCCAGUGGAACCAACUGAUCCAAACCAACUUGCACCAUCUCUGCAGGAUGAGUGGACAAUUUCCUCCACAAUGUGGAUUUGAAACAACAGACUUGCAGUUUCCUCUGUUAGUUCUCAACACUAAUGACCACAACAGUCCAACUAUCGUCCACGAGAUCCUCCAACAGAUCUUCUGCUUUCUUUCCAAAGACCAUCCCUGGAACUCAACAUGCAUUGAGAAAUUACAGACUGGUCUUCACGAGCAAAUUACAGAACUUGAGACAUGUCUGGGUACAGCGGAGAUGCAGAAGGGACUAAUGAACUAUGAAAAUACAGCAUCAUAUUCCUCCAUUCUGCAAGUGAAAAAAUACUUCCAAAGAAUGAACAGUUUCUUAACAGAUGAGCAACACAGCCAGUGUGCUUGGGAGGAGAUCCGUUUAGAAAUGAAAAGAUGCUUUCUGCUAAUAACCCAGCUUCUCAAAAAGCUUUAA